GUCUACACGCACAAAUGCGUUAACGACCUGCGUAUAUGUUCCCUAGCCAGACAGAGUAGCGAAUAAGGACAGACCGCAUCGCACGUCUUGAGGCACUCGCGUUUUGAUGCACGGGUAUGUGGGUGUGCUGCGUGGAGGUGUAGACCGCAAGGGUGAUAAGAAGCAGAGAUGAACUGUAAAGAGGCUAAAUGUGAAGAGGCUAAAUGUGACGAAGACAAAUGUGAAGAGGCCGAAUGCGGAGAGCCCCAAUGCGGAGAGACCAAUGAAGGAGCUUCCACGUCGCCCCCCCCCUCAGCGCGCAGUCCCACAUUAAACGCCAUUUCUUUUAAACGCAAUUUUGUAACCUCCAAAAAGUAUGUGAUUUAUUUAAAGUACGCUUUGUUAUAAUUAGACACUCCUUUUACUUUUUUUUUUUCGCAUUACACGUGUGAUAAUUUUUUUUGUAUUUUUUUUUCCUUUCCUUUUCUUCUCUUUUUUCCUUUCCUUUUCUUCCCCUUUUUUCUUUUCUCCUGCCUUUGUGCAAAACCUAAAUGAACAUUUUCAUCUUAAAUGACAAGCUCAAAUUAUUUUAAGAAUGACACGAAAGUUUUUCAAGAAUCAGUUGGCAAGUUGGGGGGGGAGAGCUACGAUAGCGACGUCAUAGAAAUUAUAAACUUAAAUGAGAACGAGCCUCGAUGCACGACGGUGUCAAGACUUGGUAACCCUGGGGGGGUGCGCCCUGUGAGGAGUAACUACGGAAUGCCAAUGGAGGGGUGCAGUGACAUCGAAAUCAUUGAAGACAUAAACAUGUACAACUACGAGCAGAUAAAGCUGGCGAAGAUAAAAGAAUUCGAGGCGUCGAACAGGAGGGCAGAGCUUAUAAGAGACAAGGGGGUCUUCUUUGAGUACUAUUUGGGGUGCAUAGAAACGGACUCCAUCAUUUUGUCGAGCGAAAUAUGCGACGUGAAGAGCGACAAAGACAUUGAGAUCAGCUACGAGAUAACCCCCAAAUCGACGAAGAGGUCCUACUCCCCCAUGUAUAUGCUAAAGGUAAAUAAAAAUUAUGUAAUGUCUAAUGAUUACAUAAAAGUGAUAGGAAGAAAUAUCCCCACAAAUAAUAAAAAAGUAAAAAAAAAAAAAGUGUUAACAAAGAAAGGGAAUAAUUCCCCACUGUGCAAUGAAGAAUAUUCAGAAUGUCUUCUAGACGCAAAUAAAAUUCUUUCGGCAGAUAAAAAGUUCGUAGAAUUUGACAAGUGCAAAAGUGAAAUAUUAAAAGAUAUUAACGAGGGGUACCCAUGUAUAAGAAUCAAACAUAAUAACAAUAGAGACAUCUCCAAAAUUAAGAGCCAUCUGUCUAAAACUUUAUGUGUACUACUAGUUCUUAAUGCAAUUAGAAUCGAAAUUAUUUUAGAGAAAGUUUCCCCAAGUGAUUUAAAAUUUGGGGGUAGCUUAAAAACUUUUAUUCAUGUUAUUUUAUACCCUGAUUCUUUCAAAAUUGACUCCCAUAAAUUUCAUGAAUAUAAUUCUUUGAUUAAAUUUAGUGUUGAUAGUUUAUUUAAGGAGCUUAGAAUCACUCCGCUUCGACUAGCCAAAAAUGUGGAUAUGGAUUCCUUUGAAAGUGCUCAUAUUAGGAUUAAUAAGGAAAGUUUGCUGUUGCCUUCGAACAGCACUUUUAGGAACGACCCGGCGGUGUAUGGAAGGAAGGACCGGGGGGGGGACGCCUCCUUCGGCUUCAGCACCCCUUACAAGGCGCUGGGCGGGUCGCGCCGCUCCGUCUUAGACCCCGCCACCCUCAGCGUGACCAAGGAGGAAGACGAAAUGGUGGACUCCCUCAGCGAAAACGAGAUGGAGGAAAACAACGAAGAAGCAACGAACAUGGUUUUUGUGGAAGAGAAAUAUCGAGGGGGGUACCUUCUGGAAGAGUUCGAGGAAAUUCACCCGGAUAAGUUUUACUUUAAACCUACUCUGAAGACGUACCAGGCGGAAGGGGUGUGGUGGAUGUACACCAAGGAAAACCCCCCCGAAUAUUUCAAAGAGAAAAUUAAAAAGAACGAGGACAUCAAAGAAAUCGUUAUUGAUGAAGGGGUUAAGGAUAACCCUCCCUUUGAAGGCGCGGCAAGGAAGAGGACGCAGGUGCUUUCCAUAAUAAGUAAGAAGUUCGCCUCGAAGGUGGGUCUCGCGCAGGGCGCUCUCUCCGAGUGUAGGGUCGAUCGGGGGGGAGCCACCCCUCAGUGUAAGGUAGAACAGGGGGGAAGCGCCCCUCAGUGUAAGGUAGAACUGGGGGGAAGCGCUCCUCAGUGUAAGGUAGAACUGGGGGGGAGCACUCCUCGAUGCAAAGCCGAACAGGGUGGAAGCUUCCCCGAGUGUAAGGUAGAACAGGGUGGAAGCUUCCCCGAGUGUAAAGCCGAACGGGGUGGAAUCCCCCCUCAGUGCAAGUUCGAACCGGCGGGCACGCCGCCCCAGCGCGAGGCGAGACGGAGCGGCCAGGCCAUCAAGCGGGAGAAAGGCAAAUCGCGCGGCCAAAGGGAAGACAACAGCGGCGAAGAAAACUACGACGACGAUGAUGACGACAUUCGCAACAAGCAACCGCUUAACCCCCUGUGGGAGGAACACGCAUUUAUCCCCAACAUAAAAAUAUAUGAAAAGGACAACCUGGUGUGCGUGCUAAAAUAUUUCUACGUAAACAAAUUAACGGGGUGCUUUUCGCUGACGUACCCUCAGUAUGUGCCUCCAUUCAGGGGGGGCAUUCUAGCGGACGAAAUGGGGUUAGGAAAAACUAUACAAAGCAUCGGAUUGAUAGCGCACGAUGUUUGCCACAAUAAAUUGCAUUUACAAAAUAGUAGCAACCAAAAUAAGAACAACGCUACUUACUUGAUAGAGAAUACCAUCAAGGGAUUUAAUUUCAAAAAAGGGGGGACUUUAAUUAUUGCCCCUUUGGCUCUAAUCUAUCAGUGGAAACAAGAAAUAGAGAAGCACACUAGGGAGGGCUUCCUCACGGCUUAUAUUUACUACGGCACCUCCAAAGAUGUAAGCAGCGAAGAACUGUCUAAGUACUCCGUGGUGCUGACCACCUAUUCUACCCUAGUCUCUGAAUAUAAGAACACGCUAAGUAAGAAAGGGAGCAGUGGUGAGGAUAACAACUCUGGAAGGGAGAACGAUGAUGAUGGGAAGAGUAAGCGCGAACAUGGGGACGAGGGACUCAUCAAGGGGAGCCCAAAGGAAGAGAAAUCCAGGGUGUUGGGUCUCAAACGUGGCGCGAAGGGCUUCUCCCCCAGGGGGAGUCCCCAGCGUGGAACAAAUAAUGAGAGCCCCAAGAUAAACAGCUUCUUCAAGAAGACCGUUCUGGGCGCAAAGAUGGCCACUACAACUGCCAAUAAUACGCUCAAAUCGAGUGACGAGAGGAAGAACGCAAAGCAGGGGAGCCCCAAGAAGGAGUGCCCCCUGUAUAGAAUAACAUGGAGAAGAAUCAUAAUCGAUGAAGCGCAUGUGAUAAAGAAUAAGAACUCCAUCCAGUCAGUCGCGGUGUGGAAAUUGAGGGGAGAAAGAAACUGGUGCUUGACGGGAACGCCCAUACAGAACUCCAUUUUUGACAUCUUCCCGCUCUUCCGAUUUUUAGGCAUAAAACCGUAUGGCACGAUUGAAUGGUGGAAUAAAGAAAUUAUAGAUUAUGUAAAUAAAAACAAAUUGAACUUAGCCCUGGAUGUGGUGAGGAAAAUAUCGUCUCCCAUUCUGUUGAGGAGAACAAAAAAGUCGAGGACAAAGGAGGGAGACUACAUCAUAUCUCUGCCGAAAAAGAAUGUGCAUCUCAUGAAGCUGAAGUUUUCCAUGGAGGAGGAAGAUUUUUACCGAGCCAUUUUUUACAGAAGCAAAACUAAGUUUGACACGUACAUGCAUGAUGGGAAUGUGCUAAGUCAUUACUCCCACGUUUUGCAGCUGCUGCUAAGGUUAAGGCAGUGCUGCUCGCACCCGCUGCUUUUGUUCUCCAAACCGUUUUUCGAGGAAUGGAAUCGGGAGGAUAUAAACAACGCGCUGAAGAAGAAGGACGACGACGAUGAGUGGAAGGGGGAAAUCGAAGGGGGGGGAGAAGAAGGCGGACGAGCACGAGUACGAGGCGGCGAUUUUCUCCCCGAAAAUGGCAGCACUGGGAGAGGCACUCCGUUUAGCAACUCCCACGGUAAAGAUGCACCAGAUGAGCCAACGAACCGAGGGGAUGACCUCAUAUACAAUUUCAUGCUAGGCGCGACGCAUUCAAACCAACUGGACGAUGAUUACAUCCAAAUGAUAGACCUACUAAAAGGGGGAAACGCAAUUCAGUGUGUAAUAUGCUUGGAAGAUGCUGUAUACCCACUAAUCACCAAAUGCAUGCAUAUCAUGUGCAAAAAAUGUGCGGACAAUUAUUUCCACCUAACCCAAAUAGCAGAUAAGAAGUGCCCAGAGUGCAAUCAGUAUAUAAGUCUAAAAUCAUUGAAAACGCUACAGGAAAAUAAGUCGCCUCUAGAUGAGUUGCUAAAAAAAAUGAAAAAAGAAAACUUCGUGUACUCCACAAAAUUGAAGCAACUAUUUGAUCAUAUACAGAAUGACAUGCAAAACGAAUUGCACAUUGUGGUAUUUUCGCAGUGGAUAGGAUUUCUAAAAAUUAUACAGAAAUUAUUAACCCUACAUAAUAUUCCCAACAAAAUAUAUGAUGGGUCUUUAACAUAUGAAGAGAGAAAAACUACUCUCUUUUGGUUUAAUGUACAGAGGGGGAAAGUAUACCAGCCAGGAAUUGGAUUUACUACCCCUUCUUCUCCAAUUGCUGUGGAAAAUUUCGCUGGCAAAGUUCUCUUAUGUUCGCUGAAAGCAGGUGGAGUCGGUCUCAACCUCACAGUUUCGUCUAAAGUGUACCUGAUGGACUUGUGGUGGAACCCCGCCAUCGAAGAUCAAGCCUUCGAACGUGUCCACAGAAUUGGGCAGCUAAAGGACGUCAGCAUUUACAAAUUCGUUUUGGAAAAAACAGUGGAGGAAAGAAUUCUGCAGAUCCAUCAGAGCAAGCAGUACACGGCGAACCAAAUUUUAGCUCAAGAGGGUAACAAAAUUAACACGGAGAUGAAGUUCGCUCCGCAGAAAUUGGGCAUGGACGACUUCAUCCUCAUGUUCAAGGAUUGGAAUGCCGAGGAGUAG